AAGCAUAAUAAUUAUGAAUCUAUCUAUAGUAGUAAUGACUACUGCAGUACCUUACUCUACUCUACAAUGUCAUCGUAAUCGUAUCACGUGAUGCUCCCUCCAACAUCCGCGCGGAGAAAGAAAAUCACUCCGCCUUGAACAAUCCCAGGUAGCCAACUCCGAGCAGCCCAAAGGAACAUACCCCCCAAGGCCCUUCAUACAGGGCAAUUAUCAUCCCAAUCAUGGCAACAACUGCAAUCCCCCAGUUCCUCCUCCCGCGAGGCAUCUCCCCAUUGACACUCCGCUACUUCAUCAUCCGCCGAACGACCAAAACCACCACCACCAAACACUCUUCCUCCGCAUUCUCCACCAUCGCAUCCAGACGCUCCUCCGCGACCGAUGAAGGCAAAGCGCGCGUCCUCGCGCAGCCGGACAAGUUCCGCCCUCCAUCCCAUCCCUCGCGAAGGGUGCUGCAGACGCGCAAUGGCAAAUUGACCGCCCCGCCGGUGUAUCAGUAUGGACCGUCGUUGACGGAGAAAGAGAAGGAGGAGAUGGCCAAGAAGAAGUAUCCGAAUAUGUUCCCUCCAGAGGGGACGGUGAUGCAUAAGUUUUUGACGAGUCGGUGGAUUCAUGUUUGGAUUGCUAUGUCGGUCCUCACCACUCUCGCCACAUUCACCUUCACAACAAACUUCAAAGCGACCUCUCCAUUCGCGCAUCUCCUCCCACCCUGGUCCGGUCUGCUCACGCACCCAAUCGACACCAUCUCCCAGGCCAUCUCCGUGUACAAGAUGCACGUUCAGCACAACUCCAUGCUGACUCGCGAGAAGCGCCAUCGUCGCAUCGAGGACGCCGAGAAGCGUCGACAGUACCGCAUCGCGCAUGGUCUGGAGGAACCGGAAGAUGCAGGCAGCAGGCCUGUUGAGGACGAUGCCUCGCCGAUAGCGGGUUCAACCAAGGAGCAGGAUAAUACCUACGUGGAUUUCGAGGGGAAGAGGAGGCCCAUUAAGAAGUGGUUGGGUAUUUGGUGAGGGGGGGUAUUUUGGUGUCUUUACGUUACGCGGUAUGAUACUUUUCUCUCCAGGAAACGAUUCGUUCCGGUGAUAAGGUUGCGAUUGCUGGGACGAUAUAGCGUCGAGUCAUCCGCUAUGAAGGACU